AUGGGACGAGCAGCGGAUUCGUUGUCGGCUUCGAAAAGAAAGAAAGUCAAAAUCAUUGUUGAAAAUUCGUUAGAAACAUCCAACGUUGUUUUGACGACCUUGAACGAUCUGGCGAGCAUGGCACCCGUACCGUACCUCCAGCAAGCAGCGGGGCUGGCCUUGGGGAUUUUAAACAUCGUCCAGGGGGCAAAAGACAACAGGGACACCUUCCAGAAACUUGCCGCGGAUACGUGCGAGCUGAUGUACGUGGUGUUGUGCAUGUCUGAGGAAGCAUUUGAGGAGGAUUGUGGCUUCAUCGACAACCUUCAAAACCUUCUUGACGCAUUAUCGUCGACUAAGCGUUUCUUGUGCAAAGAGGUCUCCAGGGGACCAGCGGUUCGCUUGCUCAGGUGCAAGUCCGAUCUAGGACAGAUACAAGAAUAUCGCGAUGCGCUCCGACGACCACUGGAUGAGUUUGUGCUCCAGUCUAAUGUCGCCAUGCGGAAGACACUCCUGAAGCUUGAGCGCGAUAGAGAGAAGGACUCCGAAGCGGCAAGUGGUUCCGUCCCUGCUCCCGCCGCGGUCGACAAAGAGCUACCACCUCUUCCGCCCAUUGUGACGGACGAAACGCCAAAGCCUUCCGUGACUGUGACCCACAUUGGAGGGGACAAAUUUGAUUCUCACUCUUUCAAUAACGUCACCAACACGGAGUCUGGAAACAUCACAAUCACAACGACUACGAAUUCCAAUAGCGACAAUUCCCACCAGCAAUAUGAAGGCAAUAACUAUCCGUUGCUCCAGCAAGAAAUACUUCUGACAACGGAUUAUACAGGGUGUGGCGUUCCUGUUCCCGCCGCGGUCGACGAAGAGAAUGUACCAGUUGCUCCAGUGGUAUCCAUUCCGUUUAUUCUGAAGGACGAAACGUCAAAACCUUUCGUGACUGCGACCCACAUCGGAGGGGAUACAGUCACUUCGUACUCUCUCAGUAGCGCCACUGACACGAAUUCUGGAAACAAAAAUACCAUGCCUAUGUUUACGGGUGUCACCUUCUCUGGUGGUAAUUUCGACGACGUUUCUGAAGACAUGGUUAUCAAUGAUUCCAGCAGCCACACAACAAAUCGUGGAUCGUUCAAUACAAUGAAUUCCACGAGAAAUGACUUCAGCGGGAUCAUGGCGCAUAACUAUCAUGCUGGAACGGUCAACAACUAUAACGGCGCAAAGGAUGUGAACACGGGAGCAGACUAUGGUGCACACCCCAAUGUCGUAGUUCCUGCCUAUCUGAUAUCGAACUUGACUAUCAACCAAAACGAUCACCGAGGGGCCAUGCCUUCAAGGGAACCAUAUGCCCUGCAAAGCCACAAUUACCAGCGAAGUAGGGUCCGGGGGUUUCGACCGCAUGCUUAUUCCGCCCCUCCUGCUGGACAUUAUUACGGCGAACAAGAACAUCAUUACAAUGACUACCAACGCUCCGCAGAUGGGCGCCCCGGAGGCGCCCGUCGAUAUCAAGAUCGCGCACGUUAUCGACCAACUCCCCAAGGAUUUCAUCCGUACCCGGUGGAUCCCAGGGACGAAGAAAUUCCAAGUUGGGCCUUGGGAGACGCAUAUCCUGGGGAUGAUAUAUAUAGUGAUGAAGGCGAAGGAUUCAAACCCCAUGGAGCCUAUGCACUAUCUGCCGAGGGCUAUACGCCAGCAUCCCAUCCCCGAAGCAAAUUUGACUCCGCAACUUCCACCUCCUACGCCAGCGGUCCAUCACGCAUGAAAUCGAAUAAUCCUUUCAGGAAGACAUUUUCCCCCAGGCCCAUUACCCCGAAAUGCUCCUAA